UGCUGUGAAAAACUUUACGGAUUUAUAACGCGCGUUAUUCAAUUUGUAAGUUCACCUGACGGCAGUUAUUGUCAUAACGAUGUCAAAAAUAAAUUACUUAAUGCUAUAAUAAAACUCUUAAAAAUUAGCAACCCGUUAUAUGGUAUUUGUUUGAACAUUAAGCCUUACUGCUGUUUUGUUUCCUUGAUUUUUCGAGACAUAAAUAUUACCGAAACUCACAUUGCAAUACACUCUGUACUUCUAAUACAUACAAUUAUUUUAUACAUUUAAGGGUUCAAAAAGAUGGAACUGGACAUGUUUAUGUGCAGUACAAAAAACUUUCGACAGAGGAACAGUGGCAUCCACAAUCUGAUGAAAGACAACUAGAAAUCUUUAAACUAGACGAUGUUGGAUGUCAAAUGACACCUCCAGGCAUUCCGAAUCAAGUGCACCCUUACAUGGCAGAAGAAGAUAUUCAAACUCUUAUGAGAUCUCUUGACAAAGACGUCAAGCUUGCACAAUUUACAGACGAGUGUACAAAUUGGUGGAAAGAAUUUCUGUCUAGUGAAAUUCUAGGUUCAAACGAAGAAACUUGGCCAACCUUGAAUCGAACUACCGAAGUAGACCCGAUGUCAACUUUAAGUGAAAAAGAAUUAGACUUGAUUGAAAAGUACAAAGAAAAGAGAUCGCAAUUCAAGGAGGUUUUCACAAAAGAAGGGACAGACAGAAGAAAGUACAAGAAAAAUGACAUGGUGGUCGUAAAGAUUUCUAAGACAAAAGUUAACAUUGGUGAAGUGCGCAGUGUAAAUGGGGAAGACCUUGAAUUGAACAUUUUCAAAAGGAAUAAGGGUUGCUUCACGAGUACUGAUCAUAUUGUCAGUGUUAAACUAAGUUCCUGUUUUGCUACUGGUUUUCAAUUAACUAACAGUAAAAACAUUCCAUCAAAGAUUUAA